AUGCUUGUCACCAGUCUUGAAUUGCUAAAAUGUUUGAUGACCUUCCUCUUCUAUUCCAUUCCAAAUCAUCAAGUGGACCAUUCAUGUACCAAUUCGAAUGACAACUCGGACAAGUUGUUUCAAAAAGGGAAGAAAAUAUGCGCCACUUGGUCAUCUUCUACCAAUAAUAAUUAUCAUGUAACUUUCAAUUCUCCAGGAGAUUAUGGCUCCAGCUCCCUAACAUUGAACCGGCAGCAUUCUUUUUCAUCGGGCCUUCUCACUUUACACUUUUCCGAAGUUGAAAUGAAAUUAUUAGACUUGUAUUUUGAAGCCAAGUAUCCUCAAAUGUUGAAAAGUAAUUGUGUGUCUUCUCCAACUCUCGAGCACAAAGAUGACAUCUCCAAGAGCAUCCUCAAAGAUUCUUCUUCACUUUUUGAUUUUUCGGAUCACCUCAACAAUGAUAUUCAUCAACAACGGCAACAACGGCAACAACGUCUAGGAAUCAAUCAUCCACACAACACCACAAAGAGAAUCACCAAGAUUGUCGACCACCCGACCACUUUGAAAGCUCUCGCCGAUAAUGAAGCCAUCCAAAAACAACGAAAAACAACUAUUCUAAGAAGAAAGGCAAUUCUGAAAUGA